UGUUUCCUCGGUGCGUCAAUGCCGCGCGUGGCAUCGGCAUUAGAGGUGUUCCCGGCUCCACUUGUGUAAGCAGUGUUGUAUGUCACUUACGGCGAGCUGUGUGCUGUGUGCGUGAAAGUUUAACCAACCUGGUGCUCACUGGUCUAUUUUUCUGUGCUUCGAUCGCUUCCCGGCUGCGCAUGCCGCAAGCAGCGAGGCGCCGUCUUCACCACGUGUGAUACGCAUCGCCGGUCCGAUACGUGCGUUCUCAAAUGUACGCUGCGCUGGUGGUAUUACGACGUCCAAAAUGAGCGGACAGCAGCGGCUUCAGUCUGCGUGAACCGGCAUACGCGCUGAACUUGCCUUUCGCACGCACCGGCCGUGUGCGUUCACAUGGGUGAAGAGCUGCAAUCUCGUUGCCAGCCUGGAAAUUGAACCAGGAACGAGACUGGUCGUCCCUUCGCAAAGCGAACUUCAUGUGUCGUCCGUCACGCAGCGUCACAAGUCCAGGGAUUGUCCAACCGCCAGUUUUUGUUUGGCCUCCAGACGCGGCCUCCAGACGAGAAGGUCGCAGCGGAGCGCUUCUCGUUUUGUGUGCCCCACUCACGGUGAGAGGAAGGAGCGGAAAGACAACUGAAGGCAGCUCAUUCCAGUGAAAUCGCUGUCACUUUGGUGGUUACUGCGCAGACACUUUACAGGAUAAAGUACCAUCCAAGCAGUAUUUACUUUCUUUUUCCCUAACCACAGGUGGUUGCGGGACCUAUCGCCCGAGUUGAGUCGCACCCACGUGGACCCUGUGUUUACCUAGUAAAGAGCGCUCUUUCUCUGAAUAUUUUAAUCACCAGAGUUUUCAGCUCAAGAUUACCGAACGGCUCUGCGCACAUACGUGAAGCAGGCGGAGUUUUGCUUUUGAGAACUUCCCACGACGGUGCUGGACGCUGGUCGGUGAUGGAUGUUUGACGUAUGAAUUCACCAGCGCGAGACCUGCGGCGUGCAUUGCAGAACUUUACGGGUGGUCGAGCAUUUCUUUAUUCUUCCGACAUUCCUCGUGCUCGCAACAGUGCACGGAGAAGGCGCGCACGCUGACGAGAACGAAAAAGGAAGCCACACUGCACAACGCGUUGAGUUCGCUCCUUGUGUGUUGUGGUCCUCUCGAGCGUCAUCUCGAGCCUCCUGACGGGUGGAAAAAAUAGCGAUAGACAAGGGAAAUCCCUCCAGGACGAAACGAGCGACGUGCGAAUGGGAACCCGUGCCCGAGACCCUGUCUGCGUGACACCAUAAAUCGUUCCGGCGUGAUCACAGCGGCCGCCGCAUCGCCUCAGCCGAACUGGAGUUGUGUGCAGUGCUCUCAUAUACACAAACACGUAUCGCUCCGGCUGGGCGUGAUCUGCCGCAGAGCGCGCGAAACGACGGGCGUCAACCGAAACGCCGCCGAACUUCGACACGAUUCACGAGAGGCGUCUUUUCCGGCAACGGCCCGUGCUCGACCCCGAGGCCCGGAAGUAAAAGCGUAAUUUUUUUUCUCGGUUCUGUUGUCAAGUUGGGCGCUCUUUUCCACGCCUCCAACCACGGCUUGUCACAAGUAUACAUGGUGAUCAUUUCCUGGUGCUCUAGUACCUGACGCAGACUAUGUCCAAGAUUGCCUGGUUGAAGAUCAAGCGCAGAAUGGACGAACGAGAGGAUGUGCAGAGAAAAACUUUUACGAAAUGGAUUAAUUCACAACUUGCCAAGGCCGAGCAGCCUCUUGUCAACGACCUUUUUCAAGACUUUCGGGAUGGAACACGGCUUCUGACGCUGCUUGAAAUCCUCUGUGGCCAGCAACUGAAACGAGAAAGAGGAAAUUUGAGAGUUCAUCAUAUCAACAAUGUUAGCAGAGCACUCCAAGUGCUAGAAGCUAACAAUGUAAAGCUUGUCAAUAUCAGCACAAAUGAUAUUGUCGACGGCAACCCAAAGCUCACCUUAGGCCUUAUUUGGAGCAUUAUUCUUCACUGGCAGGUACAUGGUGUCUUAAAAAGGGCUUCCAGUGACAUCCACCAAACAAACUUGGAGAAGACGCUUCUUGCCUGGUGCAGAGAUGUCACCAAAGGGUACAUUGGAGUGGACAUAAGAAAUUUUACGACAAGUUGGAUCGAUGGCCUUGCAUUCAAUGCUAUUAUACAUAAAUUCAGGCCUGACUUAUUUGAGUACAAGAGCCUGUUGAACAAAGACCCUAACUCCAGGCUGGAACAUGCAUUUCAAUUUGCAGAGAAACAGUUAGGCAUCGAGCGGCUUUUAGAUCCUGAAGAUGUGAACACACUUCAUCCUGACAAAAAGUCUGUCAUGAUGUAUGUCAUGUGCUUUUUUCAAGUGCUUCACCAGCAAAACAUGCCUUUGCGAAAGGGCAGUUCAUCAGAAUACUCAGAUAGUGAAACUUCAUUUCAUCAGGAGGUUGGAAAGGGUGCCAGUCCUCUGCUCAAAUCAAAAGGCGGAGCAGUGGGUGGGUCCAUUUCAUCACGUGGUGCUGUCACCAAUGUGAACAGCUACCAGAGCAGCUUGGAAGAUGUGCUGACCUGGUUGUUGGAGGCCGAGGAUCGGCUGGCCAAUUUGCCCCGCAUAGGCAGUACUGUGGUGCAAGUGAAGGACCUCUUCCACACGCAUGAGGACUUUAUGCUGGAGCUGACACGAAACCAGGGCCGUGUUGGCGAAGUGCUCCAGGAGGGGCAGCGGGUCAUUCGUGGAGCAGGCAUAUCAGCACAGGAGAAGGAGGAAAUCAAGGUACAAAUGGCAUUGCUCAACACGCGCUGGGAGAGCCUAAGGCACAGCGCCAUGGACAUGCAGACCAAGUUGCAAGAGGCCCUGAUGAAGCUCCAGCAGCAACAGCAAAAUGCCUUGCGGCAGUGGUUGACUGAGACAGAAGACAGGAUAAGCAGGUUUGGCCCAGUUGGACCUGACUUAGACACAGCAAGACAGCAAAUGGAGCAGCACAAGCAACUGCAAGAUGACAUAGAGAAAGAACAGGAAGUUGUGAACUCCCUGUCGAACAUGGUUGUUGUUGUUGACGAGUCCAGCGCUGACAAUGCAUUUACGGCACUGGAGGAUGAGCUGUCGGCUCUGGGUGAGCGUUGGUCGGCGGUGUGUAGCUGGGUGGAAAAUUACGGAGCCCAGCUGGAGGCUCUGAUUAAUGCACUGCAGAUGUUGAGCAUGGAGGAGCCACGGCUACAGCAGUGGUUGCUCAUGCAAGAGGCUCAGCUGUGCCGCAUGGAGAAGACCGACGCUACAAGGGCUUCAGUCCAGGAAGUGCUGGACAUGGUCAAGUGCCUGCAGGUCUUGGAGAAAGAUUUGGACUUUCACAACAAACGGCUUGAUCACAUAUCAAAUGAAAUCCAGAAAGCCAUCAAGAUUCUUAACAAGGGAUCACUAGCUGCAACAGAGCUGUCUCGCAAGCAGGAGCAACUAACGCAUCGUUGGGAUGCACUGCUCCAGAAGAUGGAAAACUUGAGUAGAAAGCUGGCCAAGUGCAGUACUGAGCAGAAAGUGAAAGCAGAAGCUGAGGAAAAGGCCUUUACAUACAGCCUCUUCAAGAAGGAAUCAUACGGCAAUUCUCCAAGGACUGCUUUGGGAAGAGAGCCCCUGUCUGACUUUGGAGCCAAGAAGCGGCGUCUGGACAGCUGGAAAGUGAAGGAAUGGCAGAGAGCCCUGGAAAACGUCACAGCCUGGCUCGAGAAAGUCGAGAAUCAACUGGGGAUCGAUCCCGAUCAACCGCUUUCACAAGAGCAGCUGAAGGCACUCUUGGAGCGCAUGAGUGUUGAAGAACUGCAAGUGCUUACUGAGGAUGUGGAACGACAAGUUGCCAUGAACAAAGGAGAAGUAGCCCAGCUUGUUCAGCAAGGCAGAGAUGUUGUGGAAGGCCUUGAUGCAGUUGGGGAGCAGACCAAGGAGGUGCAGGGAGUAUUGCGGGAAGUGGAGGUGCGCUGGCACGAGGUGCAGAACAUGGUGCAGUCGCAGAGGGAGCAUCUGGAAGGGCUGCAUGCUUGCCGCGAGCUCCGGGCUGAAGGGGAUGCACUUGAACGCCUGUUGGCCUCGCAUCGGCGUUGGCUGGAAAACUCACAGACCACGGCUCGACAACGGCGGGAGUCGGAUGAUGUGCGAAGACUGUUGGAGCAGUGCAAGAUGAGGCUGAAGACCCUGGACAGCCAAGAAGACAAGGUGCAGAGGCUACAGGAGAAAGGGCAAGCUCUCCAGGCCAGGGUGCCCACGCUGAGCACUGAGCCAGUGUUUGGACAGCUUGAAGUUCUCGCCAACCAGUGGGCAGAGACAGUAACCAAGAUCGCUGACCUAGAAGCACACCUGAGCCGUUCCCUUGAGCGAUCUCCACCUCCGAAGCUGCUAGAAGCUGUAGAUGCUUUGGAAGCCUGGAUUCAAAGUGUCCAGCAGGCCCUGGAAUCAGAGAAGUCCCAUGUGGACACAAUGGAGGUCAUGGAGGAUCAGCUAUCGAAGUACAAGGAAAUGCAAGGAACUGUUGACGAAGAAGAGUCCAACUUGCAAUACGUUACCAGCACUGGAAAGGAGCUGUUGAGGAAGGAGCCUAAUGCUUUGUGGGCUUGUGAUCUUCGAGACAAACUGCACAGUCUAGGCAACUGCUGGGACCGGGUUGGCUCUAUGCUCAAGGAGCGGCUCCAAUUCUUGCGAAAACACAUGUUGGUCCUUAAGCGAUUUCAGGAGGAAAUGAAAAGUGUUCAGAAGUGGAUCAAUGAUGUGACCUCAUUCCUUGAAGAUGAAGAAGUUGCUUAUGGAGACCAGGAAAAGCUCGAAGCACAGUUGGAGCAGUCAAAUGCUCUUGAAGAUGACAUUGGUGCUAUACAAAACAAUGUUGACAACAUUAACUUGGUUGCUGAGGGUCUGAUACAGGAUUCCGAACACGAGUUUGGUGAUUCUCUGCAGAGGCAGGUUGAUGACCUCAACAGGCAGUGGGAUAAGGUGAUGGAAAUGACCCGGAAGAAGAAUGCUACUCUGAAGAGGGCUGUUGAGACAAACCAGUGUGCCUCUGAAGGUAUUGCUGACUUGUGUGAAUGGUUACGAGAGCUUGACAUGGAGAUACCACGGGAGAAGCCCAUCAAUACUGCUUCUGAACUGCAAGCUAGGAUCAGGAAGCUGCAGGCGUGUAAGGACAAGCUGGAUUCUAAGCUUUCCGAGUACAACAGGCUGAAAGAAGCUGGCACAAAGCUUGCACAAGGGCACAAGGCGAGGAACGCUGAGGAAGCACGACGUGAUGUGGCUGCUCUCAACAAACUUUGGGGAGAUGUACAGGAGAAGAUAACGAAGUACCACCAGGCUCUGAAGCAGUCGGGGACAAACUAUGCCGAAUUUCGAAAUAUCAUCAUGCUAGAGAAUGAUUGGCUUGACAGAUUGGAGAAGAAACUGAAGAGGUCACCUGAGUCAGCUGCUGAUGCUGAGGAGAUUUCUGAGAACCUUGACGAUUUGGAGAACUUUCUGCGCAACCACCCGGAUGACCGGAUCCCCAAGAUACAGCAGCUCUCUGAGGAGCUUGUGGAGAAAGAGGUGCUAGUCGGGCUAGUCCAGCAUGAAGCAGAGUCGGUCGUGAAGCGUUGGGAAGAGCUAACUCGGCAGGGCAGUGAACGGCAGCAAGUUCUUGAGAACAGCAUUGUGCAGUACCAGAAGUGUGAGCGGCAGAUCCUGAGCGUCCAGAGCUGGAUGAAUCACAUGGACAAUGCGCUGCAGAACAGGCUGGACAAUGACAUCAGCGCCCAAGACGUGCCUGACGAGUUGGCCCAAUUCAAGCAAGAAUUCCUUGAAAAAGAGGAGCAGCUGCAAAGCCUAAGUGAGCAGGUGGAUGCAUAUCAUGCACAAAAUAGGGUGGAAGCUGCGUUACGCCUAGAUGAGCAGCUGCAGCUCAUGAAGAUGAAAUUUGAGGACAUAUCAGCAAAACUGAAAAGGUUUCAGUGCCCCAAUGACCUCGACCCCAAGUUGGGAAGAAUCAGCAAGUUGCUAACAGAAGUGGAGCAAGGGAUGAAGCAACUUGACCUAAACUCUGAGAGCCCUGACAAGAUUCAGGACCAACUUGUGCAGUGCAUGCAUUUCUACAAGACCUUAAGUGAAGUCAAGAGUGAAGUGGAGCAAGUGAUUCGCCAGGGCCGGCAGCUGGCUGAGAGUGGUGAAGCGGACAGGCCGCGCAAUCUCAACCAGAAGCUGGAUGGCAUCAAGAGUCACUACAACCAGCUAGGCGCAAAGGUGACGGAGAGCAAGAGUGUUCUGGAGCAAGCUCUGCGCCUAGCUCGGUGCCUCCAGAAGGAGAUGAUCGCCCUUCACAACUGGAUGGCUGCAACAAUGGAAGAAAUAGAGAAGCCUCACGAAGCUGAUGAUGAGCUCAAGUUUGCAGAAGGCAAGCUGCGUGAGCUGGAGCAGAAGAAGCCCUCGAUGAUUGCCAUUGUCGAGCUCAGUGAGGGAUUGACAGCGCUUGCGCCUGGGCACAAGCUUCCCUCACUGGCCAACACUGUGCGUACCCUCAAGCAGCAGUGGGCAGCUAUUGACGACAGCCUGCGCAAGAAGGUGCCCUUGGGUCCCAAGGAUGUGGAGAAGAUGUUCUCCCGCUUCUGCAACCACCUGACGGCCAUCAAGACGUGGCUUGAAGGUGCUGAGCUUUACUUCGUUGCCAAGACAGAGUACAAGGAGUCAGCUGCUGGGCAAAGAAAGCUCAAGAACUUGCAGAUGGAGAUGGCUGAACAAAACACGAGGGUACAAAUGCUCAAAGAGGAGGCACUUGAGCUGUUGCGUCAGGGACCCAGGUACAGCAAGACUGUUGAGUCAGAGCUGAGUGCCCUCAGCGAGAGGUGGAAUGCAGUGGUCGAGAAGCUCAAGACCACACAUACCAUAGAACCAGUGUGCAUAGAGGUUCAGCGAAGCCUCCUGAAUGAGCUGAGAGCAUCACCUGUCAAUCUGUCGUCAACUUCAUCAGAGGCAGACUUGUCAGCGAUUGAGCAGCUUGAGGCUAAGCUGCGCCAGGUGAACAAGAGGGUCGAGGCCCUGGAGACACACUUUGACAAGGGUAUCGAACUUGUCACCAAUGAUGUCCUUGAGGAGAGUGAGCAGACAAUUAAGAAGCUCUCAUCAGAGAUAGAGCACCUUGGGCUGGCUGUUGACCAGGUGUCGACAGACGUGGAUAGGGCCGCGCCACGCUUGGGUCCCGUGCCUGCAGCUCUCGAGCGCCUCCGAUCAGAGACAGAGGCAUUGGAGUCCAAGUGGAAUACAGUGCGGAAGGCAGCCGAGCAGCGCCGCUCCCACUACCAAGACCUGGUGGUUCGCUGGAAACUACUGCAGCAGCAAACAGAUGCAACCGUGGUGCAAAUGGUCUUACUGCUGAGAAAUCUUGAGCAUGCACGCACGGUCCAGAGUCGGCAAAAGGCAGCUCUAGAACAAGCUGCACGUGUAGGCCAGGAGGUGUCCUCCCUCCAGCAGCAGGCUCGAUCCAUGGAGCAGGAGCGGGGUGUGCCCUCAGCAGCCACCCAAGCCCUCCUGCAGCGGUUGCUUCAGCUUUGGAACCAGGCCCAGGGCCAGAUUGCACUGCUCCACUCUCCUGAGCCGUCAUGUCGUGUCGCUGAUGGCACGCAGACCGAACAGCCGCUGGCGGUCAUCGUAGACUCUGGUGCUGUUACCUGCAUCCCCGACUACGUGGCAAAGGUGGCCAAAGUGCGGGAAGCCCUGCUCGCUGUUGGGAGGCAGGCGCAUUCUCCAGAGCUCUGUGGCAAGGACUUUGAGGACUUUGAGAAACAGGAAGGCAUUCUCAAGUCUGUGAAAGAAGCCCUGGAUGCCCUCAAGCCUACUGUGGACUCUGUGAAGCAGGAACAGGCAGCCAUAAUGCAGAAAACAAACGAAAAAGAUGCCUUGGAAGUGUCUUGUGCAGUCGAAAAAAUGAGUGAAGACUGGACCAAGCUGAAGCAGGUCUAUGCAGACCGUCACAGUCGUUGGCUGAAGACACGCGAGUUUUGGCAGCAGUUUGAUUCCAGCAUUCGUGGCCUGAACCUCUGGAUGGAAGAAAUCGAGACAAUCCUUGUUCAGUGCCAUCUUCCAAAUGGAGAUCUGGACAUUCAACUUUCACAAAAACACCAAGAGUCAAUGGAGAAGCAAGUCACUGAAAAGAUGCCACAUUUUGAGGAUGUGAAGACCAUGACAAAGCAGAUCAUGGAGCAAUGCUCAGCUGCUGAUGGUGUGCUUCUGCAGCAGAAACUGGACACACUGACCCGCCGAUGGAAGUCCAUUAUUUCUGAGCUUCAGUCAAGAAGGGAAAGGCUUGCAGUUGACAACUCCCGCUCAGAGCAAGUGAAGGAGGACUUGUUGGAGUUGAAGCCUUGGUUGAUGGAAGUUGACCGCCUGCUGUCAUACACCCCCAAUGAUGAAGAUGACAUUGAAACCACAGAGGAGAGGCUUGAGCAGCUAAAAAAAUGCGAAGAGGAAAUCGGGGCCAAGAGAUCAAACCUGCUGUCUGUCAUCCUUGGUGGCUCCCUAGUCCGUCCUGCUGAAGUUGAGAGCCUUGAAGCACGGUUUCAGAAGGCCAGCACAGCUCUCCCUCAAUCACGCAAAACUCUGGAGUCGUACAUCCCUCAGCUUACUGAAUUUGAAGAGGAGAUUGCAGCUGAGCAGCAGAGGCUGAGUGAAACUCGACGAGAUGUUGAGAAGCUGCUGGCUGCUAAGCUUCUUGGAGAUCCACCCCCGGAGGUCAAGAUUGCUGAAGAUACCCUUUUGAGGCAUGGCAACACGAUUCAGGAGAUCUGCUCAAAGUCAAAGGAAGUGGAAAAGCUGCUUCCUCUGUUGCCCUCGACCAAGAACAAGCUCAAUCAUCUCAAGGAGUCAUGGGAUGCUAUUCAACAAAUAGUGUCAAGGAUAGGGCCACCACUCUCAUUAGUCAUCGAUUUUGAAAACAUCAGCUACCCUUCGUCACCCACCAUAAUGCCACUGACGGGCUACACCAAACAGUGGAAUGACCUUGCAGGUGAGCUUGAAAAGUGGCUCAAGGCUCGAGAAAACGAACUGGAGGCCCUCAAGGUUGACUAUGGUGAUGAAGAGUCCGUCAACUCUGCCAUUGAGUACCUACAGAAAGCGUUUCUGGACGGACACGAAAUCUCGUCCGAGGACGAGCACAGAAGACUUCGAAAUUGCGUUCGCUACGCCCUGUUGAAAUAUCUACUGGAACAUGAGCAGCAGGGAGCCUCGCUGAAGAAGCUUCAGACUGCCGUGGACUACCAGACGGCCAAGUCGGAAGACAUGGCUGACAAGGACCUCCGUUCUAGGGUGUCCAACCUUCGCGAGGAGUGGGACCGCAGUGAAUCGGUGGCGCUGCAGCGUCGCCGCCAGCUCGAGGGCAUCGCCUCGGACGCCGGCCGCAGCCUGGACGACCGACGCCGGGAGCUCGAGGCAUGGCUGAGCCGCAUGGAGGCGCGCCUCGACCGACAGGCCGCCGCGGGACCACCGCACUCGCUGGAAGCGCUCGAGGCGCAGAUACGCGAGCAGAGGCUUCUGAACGCCGAGCUGAACAAGUGGAAAGCGGCGGUGGACUCGGUGACCCGGCUGGCGCACAAGGUUGCCUCCGAGCCCCGCGCCAACUCUGUGGGUGCUCCUCUUCAGGAAGACCCCGCUAGGCUCAUGGCGGCCGUCGAGAGCAUCAACCAGCGCUUCGCCGACCUCACCGUCAGCGUGCAGAACCGUGGUCAGGCCCUGCAGUCCGCGCUGGGCUCGAUGCACCAGCUGGAGAAGGCGCUCGACCGGUUCUUGGGCUGGCUGGCCGAGGCAGAAGCCACGCUGGACGUGCUGGAGACCGAGGCCGACCGCUACGGACCGCGGGACGACGUGCACCGCUCGUGCAGCUUCCAGGACAGGAUCAGGGAAUUGCAGCGUGAGAUAGACACUCAACGAGACCUGCACCUGACGAUCAAUGAGCGCAGCUCUCACGUGCUGCAGUCUAUGAACAGGCCCGAUGAAGGUCACCACCUGCGCAGAAAACUUGAUGAAAUGAACAGUCGAUGGAAUAAUUUGAGAAUGAGGACAGUGUCACUGCGAAAUCGUCUUGAGAGCAAUGCUGAACACUGGAACCAGUUGCUGCUAUCACUACGUGAGCUGACAGAAUGGGUGAUCAAGAAAGAGACAGAGUUAUCGGCACAGUCAGCCAUUGGUGGUGAUGUAGCCACCAUCAUGAAGCAACAGGAAGAUCAUCGAGCUUUUCGAAGAGCUGUGGAUGAUAAACGACCAAUCAUCGAGAGCAGUUUGCUUGCUGGCCGCCAGUACAUAGCAAGAGAACCUCCUCUCUCGGACACAAGUGACUCUGAAGCCAAAGAAUAUGAUGACAGCAGGGGUUACAGAAGUGCUGAUGAGCAAGCUAGGGAGAUCACGCGCAGCAUUCGAAGGGAAGUAAAAAAACUGGCCGACAACUGGAAUGGCUUCCUAAGCCACACUGACCAAAGACAAAUGAGACUGGACGAUGUUCUUCAUAAAAUGCAGUCUCUACAAAGAGCAAUGGAUGACCUUAGUGCUCGACUUCAAGUUGCUGAAAAUGCAAAAGCCCAAUGGACUCCCGUGUGUGAGUUCCUGCUUGACCAGCUGGCAGGCCAGAUUGACGAAUUAAGAGCGUUCCGCGACCGGCUGGCUCCACUGCAGUUGCAGGUGGAAUCGCUGAACGAGGCGGCUGGUGCUAUCACGAGCUGUGGAGUUCUGCUGUCACAAGGAAACCUGAAUCGGCUUGAUGAGUUGAGCAGCCGCUGGCGCCUCCUGCAGGUGGCCAUUGAUGAGCGCCGUCGACAGCUAGAGAACUCCUUGCUUGAUCAGGGCUCGCAGCAGCAGCAGUUCCUCAAUGCCUCUGUGGAGCAGCCUUGGGAAAGAGCUGUAGCCGGAAACAAAGUGCCUUACUACAUCAACCAUGUUACCGAAACCACGCAUUGGGAUCAUCCUCGUAUGUUAGAACUAAUGGACUCGCUUGCUGAAUAUAAUGAUGUGCGAUACUCUGCGUACAGAACAUCGAUGAAGAUCAGGACCAUACAGAAAAACCUUUGCUUGGACCUAGCCUUUAUGAACAAUGCUAUCAAUGCAUUUGAUCAGCAUGGCCUGCGAGCUCAGAAUGACAAGCUGAUCAGUGUGCCUGAGAUGAUCACUUGCUUAGCAACCAUCUAUGAAGGUGUGGCCCAGGAGCAUUCCAAUUUGGUGAAGGUGCCGCUGUGCAUUGAUCUGUGUCUAAACUGGCUGCUCAACCUCUAUGACACGGCUACAAGAACAGGGUACAUAAGGAUCCUGUCAUUCAAGGUUGGGAUUAUCCUGCUGUGCAGGGGUAAUCUCGAAGACAAAUUUAGAUACCUGUUCCGGCUCAUUGCGGAUGGUAACGGCUGUGCUGACGAACGACAACUGGGCCUCCUGCUUCAUGACUGCGUGCAAAUUCCGAGGCUUCUUGGCGAGAUUGCUGCUUUCGGUGGCUCCAACAUUGAGCCAAGUGUCCGAAGCUGUUUUGAGAUGGCAGCACCAGCUGGGCGGCGAGAGAUCCAAGCAUCGCAUUUCUUGAACUGGCUCCUGCAGGAACCACAGAGCUUGGUCUGGCUUCCUGUGCUUCAUCGUCUGGCUGCUGCCGAGACAGCACGACACCAAGCCAAAUGCAAUGGCUGCAAACAGUACCCUAUAGUCGGGUUUAGGUAUCGGUGUCUCAAGUGCUUCAAUGUGGACCUCUGCCAAAGCUGCUUCUUUUCGGGAAGAAAAACGAAGAACCACAAAGUUACCCAUCCAAUGCAGGAGUACUGCACCACAACAACAUCUGGAGAGGACGUGAGAGAUUUCACCAAGAUCAUGAAGAACAAGUUCAAGUCCAAGCGCUACUUCAAGAAGCACCCUCGAGUUGGCUACCUGCCAGUGCAGACUGUCCUGGAAGGGGACGACCUCGAGAGUCCUGCACCAUCGCCACAGCACACAUUGUCAUCACAGGACAUGCAUUCUCGCCUUGACCAGUACGCAAACAGGUAUACAGACACUGAACUUAGGACAAGGAGUAACUCUACUCCCGACUCAAGCGAAGAUGAACAUCAGUUGAUCGCACAGUAUUGUCAUACUUUGAGUGGAGAGCUCCCAACAUCAGUGUGCAACUCUUCGUUGUUUCUUCAACCACGGAGCCCUGCUCAAGUUAUAGCAACCAUCGAUGCUGACCAAAGGGAUGAGCUUGAGCUGAUGAUAGAGGAACUCGAAGAGGAGAACAGGCAUCUGCAGGCAGAGUACGAUCGGCUGCAGGAGAUGCAGAGCGUGGGGCUGAGUCCAACGCCCAGCCAGCUGGAAGAGGAAGCUGCCCUGAGCCCCAGUGGUAGCAGCACUCGCGACCAGGAAAUGCUGGCCGAGGCCAAGCUGCUCAGGCAGCACAAAGGGCGCCUCGAGGCCCGCAUGCACAUUCUCGAGGACCACAACCGGCAGCUGGAGGCUCAGCUUCAGCGCCUGCGGCAGCUCCUAGACGAGCCAGCACCUCGGGGUACGACGUCUUCCCUCUCACCACACAGCUCCCCGUACACAACGCCUGGUCAUUCAUUGCCCCGAAACAGGGCUCUCCAGCCUGAGCCCAUGUCUUCCAGGAAUGGACGGCUUCAUGACCACACAGGUCUCUCGAUGGGUGUCCACCCAGGCAGCUUGCUCCACACAGCCUCAUCAGGCCUCUACGCUCAUAGCUUAGCCGACUACAAUGACAUCGGUAGCGAGGACGAUGACUUCAGUUGCUCAGAACUGGAGCGAAACUUGCACUUGUGAUGAAGCUGCUUUAUUAGUGUCUCAUUUCUCUCACAAAUUGUGUUCUGUGCCACCUACUACUUUGUAGAAAGUAUUAUUGUGAAUUUUUUUCCUUCAUAUUUUACUGUGCAUCUGUGUUGCAUUCAAAGUGCACUGUAAAGAGAGCCUGGGUUCACUCUUGCCUUCUUGCUGUCUGUCUGGUGGUGAGCUCUAUCUAGAAAUUCUCUCUAUGAAAGUACUGGAUUUUUUCAUCAUCACUAGUGAUUGUCCCAAAGGCUUAGUUGUGGUUCUGUGCACAACUGACCUGCAUUUUCCUUUUUGAAAAAGUUGGGUGAAAGAAAACAGGUUCAUUUGUACAUCACUGAAGUUUGACGUCAUUUCGGUUGUCAUGAAGUAAAAAUGGUAGAACCCUGUACUUUCCCAGGUAAACAUGUUGUUUUCAGUAGCCAGCAUGUAAUUUCCUAUCACAAGGAAUAAGUUCAACUUAAAGUCAUUGUGAUAAGUAUUGUGAUAGGUAGGUUCAGGAGUUGCUUAACUUUGGCUGUUAUUAGCCUAUGUUUUCUCUACAAGGUUGAUCUCAUAAACAUCUGAGUAAGUUAGGUUCAAUCAAGUCGUCGUCAAACGCAUUUUAAAAUUAUUUUAUGCGCUAUGUUCAUCACAGUUUGUGUUUGUAAUUGGACAGUGUGAACUAUAAAGCACUCUCCAGUAGAUUUUUGUGCUCUCAUUACUAUUCACCAGUUGAAACAAACACGUAAAUUUUCAAAAUGCCAUAGCUGAUGUAUAGCGUUGUCAUUGAUGAUCAGUAGUUGCUAGUAUUCAGAGGAAAAAGUCACUGACAGGCUAUUUCUCUUUUAUCUUGGAUGCAGCUGUGAAAGAGAUAAAUUCAUUUGUCAUUAAUUUGUCCUUGCAAGAGUCAUACUGUGAGACCUUAGUUUUUACUUUAUUCUACUUUCUAUGAAUAUGGUAAAAGUAUCUUGUAGGCAUGCCAGUUCAAAGUUCCGUGCUAUGUAGUAAAUAAUCCACUUGCCAAAUGUUUAUCUUCAAGUUGAGUGCCUUACUAAGCAUUUUAGUUGAGCUCCACUCUUGUCCCAAAUGUGUGCUGUACGUAUUGUGGUAAAUUCACACAAUGCUUGCUUGAUUUUCCGGUGAGCUUUUAUUGCAACUAUGGAGGCAUUGAAAAGGAUAGUGAAUGCCGUCAGCAAUGUGCUGAACACAAGGACUGUUAGGGAAUUAUUGUUUAGGGUACCAGACCUGCAAGAUCAUUCUUUUGUGCUUCCUGCAAAGUGUAGUAAAAAAUAGGUUUAAAAAGCUUUCUGAGUUAUCUAAAGGUGUUUAUUAGUAGUGAUCUUCUUGCCAGAUUAUUGAGCUUGAUAUCUUUGGCACUGGUGAUUUAAGGUCAUGAAUGGCUUGUUAUUGUCACUAACUUUUCAGUACAAGUUUGCCAUCACUUCCAUAUUCAGUGUCAGCAUGGCACAUGAAUCAGGUUCACUGUCCCCACAGAGUACAUACUGUCCUAUCUCUCAAUGAUACACAUGUGCUUUCUUGUGUGUUUUGAGGUUUCACAUAGCAUAUCUGCAGUUCUUUAUGUUGUCCAGACAGAAAAGUGCACAUUGUAAAUGUGUAUGUGUAAUCAUUGUGCCACUCUGUGUCACAGAGCAUUCCAGCAGAACGCAGGUGCAUUAAUGAUGGAAGCUAAUGUGCCAUAGUUACCAGAGUUACCAUUACUUCAGUUUAGUUUCUCACCUUUAAGCUCUGCGUAUACAUUGUCAAUAGCUAAUCCAUGACUGGAAACUUGUCAGCCUGCAAAAGCGUUCACAGUUAGUGCUGCAAAUGUAAAUACAAUUUGCAAUUUCUUAAGGUUUUCUACCUAAUUUUUCUUACAAAUGCCUGUCCCACUUUUUCUUAAAUCCAAAGCCUCUCAUAGCGUGCAGCGCAGCCUAAUGGCACUAGAAUUACCAGCCAUGUUCUGCGCCUUUCCCUACAUAUUCCUAGAUAUAUUCCAAUAUUUCCGAUAAAUGUCAGAAAAAAAGAACGAACAGUACUUUGAGACCUCACGUAUUGCAAUAAUUCAGCCUAAGUAUAGAAUUUCUUUGAAAUCGGGUUUUCACAGUUUCGCUGUGAAAUGUGACAUUUUUGUACCUUUGUACAUCUUUUGCAUGUGCCAUAUGAUAUUGUGUACCAGUGGUGAAUGAAUGUCUAAACUUAGAACAUUGGCAGCUCAACCUGUUCAAAUAGGGAAGCAAUGUUGAAUGUCUGUAGGAUCGAGUGUGCUUGGGAGUCGCAAGCAGUGUUGCAUUGUAAAACUUGCAUAGCUGCCAACACAUUACACCAGAAAAGGUGUCUCUGUGUGCACGGGGGAAAACUUCAUUGCAUGCCGACAUUCUGUGGGCAGGUUGCUGGCAUGUCCUUUCCCCCAACCUUGUGUUCGCUUUCUUUCUUCUACAAAAUGGUAGCACUUACGAAACUAGAACUCUGCUCAAGAAAAACAAACAAUCUGAGUUAGAUCUGAGUAGUUUAAACUCAUAUUGCCAUUGUAAAUGCACAGGUACAACAUACUGUUAAGCUUGCUAAAAUAAUUGUUAAGGGCUCGUUGACUCUUCAUUUGCAUUCACUGUUGCCUUUCUUUCUUUUCUUUUUUUUUUUCCUCCAUUGUGUUUUCUUAGCUUUGUGCUGCUAACUUUGUGCUUCACUUCUGCAGUAAAGGCAUGUAUGCAAAAACAGCACUUUUCAGUACUUUCUGCGAGCCUCUGCAAUUUUUAAGCAUUUAAACUCUUUUAUUAAGGAAAAAGAACUUAUAUUCUUUUAUGUUAAACACCUUAUGUUUAUAUGGUCUAAUACACUCUUCUGUUUAUAUCUACAGAAUGGUUAAAGCUGUGGGUAGCACUUAUUGUUUAUUUUGUUUUGAUAUUUGUGCUGCAUGUGUAUGCUUUUUUUGUUCUUUACAUGUUUCAAGCUACCACAUCUUAUGUUCA